ACUCAUCGUGCCUUGCUGUGAACCUGCUGUUGAUAUGGUAGAUGAUCCUAAUAGAGAAACAUUGGCUAAUUUUGAACCCGGAACAACAGAACCAAUAUGUCAACCUUUGAAAACUUUGGAGUCUGUUUUGUCAUGGCAACCAGGUGAUGAUUGUUUCAACAUUGCUACGCAGGCACUUGUGAAGAAUAAUGUUGAAAAGAAAGUCAGACCACAUACUUUGGUGUGUCAUGAUAUGGCUGGAGGCUAUUUGUUAGACAGGUUUGUUCAAGGAGCUGACAGCAGUGAAUACUACCGUCACUAUCAUUGGCAAUAUUUGGACAGUUUCAUCUAUUUUAGUCAUUAUUUUGUAACAAUACCACCACCUGGUUGGACAAAUGCUGCACAUAAACAUGGUGUUCUUAUGUUAGGGACGUUCAUCACAGAAUGGGAUGACGGUCUUGAAAGAUGUAAGGCAUUCCUCAAAGAUGAAGACACGUAUAAAUCUUUGGCUGAUAAAAUGGUUGCAAUUACUAAGUUUUAUAACUUUGAUGGUUGGCUUGUCAACAUUGAAAACAAAAUUGAGCCAGAAAAAGUGAAAAACUUACUCGGUUUUGUUGAGUAUUUAACAGUUGAAUUACACAGAGAGAUCCCGAAUUCCAAGGUCAUAUGGUAUGACAGCGUUAUUGAAGAUGGCAGCUUGAAAUGGCAAGAUCAAUUGAAUGAUAAAAACAGGUACCUGGGUAUAUCCAAAUUUAUUGUGACCACAUUGUAUAUAAAACUACCGGUAUUGCAAUUUGUACAGGCCAUUGCCAAAAUGUGGAUACUGAAGGCACAGCAUAUAUGCUCUAUACCAAUGUUGUAUACAGUAUUCUUAAAACUUCACUUGCAAGUGAAAAAAAUGGUCUCCAGGUUUUGUCUUGUUUUCCAGAGGGCACUAUAUAUUGAAAUCCAGAUGUGCAAGGCAAGCUGA